GUCACACAACACGGACUUGUUUUGGUGUAACCCACAACAUCUUCGCGGUGCUGCAACCUUCCUUCUGGAGACAUGUGUGCAUCAAAACGUAAAACUUCCUGUAGUUUAGUCGCUCUCGGUGCUGCAGAAGACGGACUCUCCUGAAAUCCUCCUCACUGCUUCUCCAUCAUGAGUGGCUCAAAGCCGGACAUCCUGUGGUCUCCUCACCACCCGAACCGCUACGUCAUCUGCGACUCUGAGCUGGGCCUGUACAGCAUCGGACCUGUGGGCAGCACCGAAACAAAACCCGGCACUCUCUCCCUCUCUGAGGAAACUGCUGCUACAUUACUAGCCAUAAAUUCUGACACUCCAUACAUGAAAUGUGUGGCCUGGUACCCAAAACAUGAGCCUGAAUGUUUGCUGGCUGUGGGACAAGCUAACGGCAGAGUCGUGCUCACCAGUUUGGGCCAGAACCACAACUCUACGUGUAAAGAGCUGGUGGGAAAAGAGUUUGUGCCCAAGCAUGCCCGGCAGUGCAACACGUUGGCCUGGAACCCGGUGGACAGCAACCUACUGGCAGCUGGGCUGGAUAAGCACCGUGCAGACUUCUCUGUCCUCAUAUGGGAUAUCAGCAGCAAAUUUGCCCCAGAAACCAGCGUAGCAGCUGAGAAAAUCCGCCUCUCGUCUGUCGAUCUGGACUCCAGCACGGUGGUGACCAAGCCGCUGUAUGAGCUGGGCCAAAACGACGCCUGCCUGUCCCUCUGCUGGCUGCUUCGAGACACAAAGCUGCUCUUGGCUGGCAUGCACAGAAACCUCGCAAUAUUUGAUCUGAGGAACACGAGCCAGAAAACGUUUGUGAACACUAAGGCCAUCCAGGGGGUGACGGUCGAUCCGCACUUUCCCGACCGCGUGGCGUCCUUCUUUGAAGGCCAGGUAGCCAUUUGGGACCUGAGGAAGUUUGAGAAGCCGGUGCUGACCCUCACAGAACAGCCGAAACCUCUCACUAAGGUGGCGUGGUGUCCGACUCGCACCGGCCUUCUGGCGACACUGACGCGCGACAGCAACAUCAUCCGCCUGUACGACAUGCAGCACACUCCCACCCCCAUCGGCGACGAGACGGAGCCCACCAUCAUCGAGCGAAGCGUGCAGCCCUGCGACAGCCAGAUCGGCAGCUUCGCCUGGCACCCCUCCUCCCAGAACCGCAUGGUGGUGGUCUCCGCUGCCAACCGGGUCAUGACUGACUUCACCGUGUUCGAGCGCAUCUCUCUGGCCUGGAGCUCCACGGCGUCGCUCAUGUGGGCCUGCGGCCGACACCUGUACAGCUGCGUCGAGGACGAGGCCGAAGGGACGGACGGUGCAGCCGAGAAGGACAUCGCCACCAAGAUGAGGGAGCGCGCUCAGUCCAGGUACGGACACGACACCGUCCAGGUCUGGAGGAACCACCUGCUGGCCGGAGGGAGCGACCCGCAGCUCAGGUCUUUAUGGUUCGACCUGUUCUAUAUGAAGCAGUGUUCAGAGGACGCGGAGCUGAAACUGCAGGGAAACAAGCAGUUUGCGGUUUAUUCCGGCAUCAAGAACAUUGUGAAGACGAGCUCGGGCACGACGGAGAGCCGCAGGUGCUGGAGCGGCUCGGACCGGCAGACGGACGUAACCCGCUUCCAGAGCGACGAGCGUUGUCUCGCCCUGCGGCUCUGCGGAUGGAUCAGCCGCGGUCCCGACAUCGACGUGGAAACCUUCCUGCGUUCUCUGGAGCAGGAACGCGAGUGGGAGCGAGCGGCGGCCAUCGCUCUCUUCAACCUGGAUAUCCGCCGCGCCAUCCAGAUCCUCAGCAAGGGAGCCGUCACCGAAAAAGGCGACCUGAACCUGAACGUUGUUGCCAUGGCGCUGUCGGGCUACACCGACGAGAAGUCGUCCCUGUGGAGGGAGAUGUGCAGCUCUCUGAGGCUGCAGCUGAAGAACCCCUACCUCUGCGUCAUGUUCGCCUUCCUCACCAGUGAGCCUGGAGCCUACGACGGCGUGCUGUAUGAGAGCAAAGUUGCCGUCCGGGACAGAGUCGCCUUCGCCUGCAUGUUUCUCAGCGAUGCUCAGCUGCCUCGUUACAUCGACAAACUGACCGCUGAGAUGAAGGAGGCAGGAAACCUGGAGGGAAUCCUGCUGACCGGACUCACUAAAGAUGGCGUCGAUCUGAUGGAGAGCUACGUGGACCGGACCGGGGACGUCCAGACCGCCAGCUUCUGCAUGCUGAAGGGCUCCCCUGGCGACGUGUUGAAAGACCCUCGGGUCCAGUGCUGGAUCGAAAACUACCGCAACCUGCUGGACGCAUGGAGGUUCUGGCACAAACGGGCCGAGUUUGACAUCCUCAGGGGCAAACUGGACCCCAGCUCCAAACCUCUAGCUCAGGUGUUUGUGAGCUGUAAUUUCUGCGGGAAGUCCAUCUCCUACAGCUGCUCUGCGAUGCCUCAUCAGGGCCGGGGCUUCAGCCAGUACGGGGUCAGCGGGUCACCCACCAAAUCAAAAGUCACCAGCUGUCCUGGCUGCAGGAAGCCUCUGCCGCGCUGUGCGCUCUGCCUCAUGAACAUGGGCACACCUGUUUCCAGCUGCUCAGGAACUGGAAAGUCGGAUGAGAAAAUGGACUUAACAAGGGAGAACAAACUCGCCCAGUUCAACAACUGGUUCACCUGGUGUCACAACUGUCGACAUGGUGGGCAUGCUGGUCACAUGCUGAGCUGGUUCAGAGACCACACAGAGUGCCCGGUGUCGGCCUGUGCGUGUAAAUGCAUGCAGCUGGACACCACAGGGAACCUGGUGCCGGCAGACAGCAGCUAAACGGGACACGCGUGUCGGAAACCGAAGCUAAACACGAGCCGGGAGCCAACGGGUGCAGACCGGCUGCUGCGCCGCCACACCAGCGAGCGUCGGCGACGACCCGCUCUGAAGACGCUGCUUGGAUAGAAAGUUACUCUGCAAAAACACAAAAUCUAACCAAGAGCUUUUGUCUAGUUUCUUCUGCAAAUAUCCUAGUAUGUUUGAAAUUAAACCAAACUACCAAGUAACUUUUUAGCAAGUAAUAGCAGCUCGUUUAAGUCAAUAAUUCCUUAGAACUGAUGAAAAAUCUUAGAAUCUGCCAGAGGAACUAAUACUUUUUCAAAAAUAUUAAGGAAUUAUUGACUUAAAACUUACAAGUUACUUGUAAGUUAGUUUUGUCUUAUUUCAAAUCUACUAAGAUAUUUGCUCUAGAAACUAAACAAAAACAUGAAUAUGUUUGUUAUUUGGAGUGAUGCAGUUAAGCAUUAGUCUAGGGAAUGUUGUCUAUAUGAAGAAGGGAAUCAAAGUGUGGGUAAUGAUUUGACUAACCAUGUUAACGAGAGAAAGGGAGCAACUACUAAUUUACUGCUCUACUAAUAAAAAUCACUCUCAGGAGAAUCUCACAA